AUGCUGCCAACGGAGGCUGCAGCUAAACGACUGGUUUCUAUAUGGCACACGGUCGCAUUGCAAGGCCUGGCGAACAUCGCCUGGGCGUUUGCGAAGCUUCGGGCUGUCAGUUUGCUGUCAUCGCAUGCGCUCGCAUCUUCUGCAAAGCUUCGAGUGUCAGAGUUUGGCCCACAAGAAACUGCCAACAGUGUGUGGAACGCUGCUGCUUUGAUGUCCCACGGCCGCCCAGCCUUGGAAACGAUGUCCCAGCGUGCCAGACAGAUCUCUGCAGAGCCGCAUGCGCAGCACCUCUCUAAUCUGGCACGAGACCAUGCAACGUCACAGUUCCUGGGCAAUCCACUAAUGUUGGCGUUGGCAGAGAAGUUUGUGCAGAAAGCGCCAGAGAGCCGGCCCCAACAGUUGUCGACCACGGCUUGGUGCUUGGCCUCGCCGUCGCUGUCUCACAUGCCUUUGAUGGAAGCUAGGAAGCAGCCACACAAAGAUCGCUCCGACAGCUUUCAGAGCUCAGCCUCGAUCUCUGCUCUUGCGGAAGCUGCCUCCCUGCGGCUCCCGGAGCUCGAGGACUUGGCAACGGCGACUGAUGCAAACGGGACGCUGCUGUCGCAGACUUCCUCGGAGGCACUCCUUCGUGUCGCCUGCUGGGCGGAUGACGUGCUGAGGGUGCCCCUGUAUGGGCGUUUCAGGCAUCCUCCCUUCGACCGUCCUGAGCUGGUGUCAAGAUGCACCUGCAUCCUCUCACUGGCCUGGGCCCUGGCCUUUGUGAACCUCUUGGACGAUGAGGCCCGGGCUGUCGCCAAAAUAGCAGGUACGAUAUCGGCUGCGACAGGCCAGUCGGGUGAAGUGUUCGAGGGCUGGUAUCCGCUCUCCUUCGCAGCAAUGCCAGCCGUUGCCUUGGGCCUCAAGGGCAUGUGGGUCAUCUACAAGCCAGCAGACUGGGAGGCCCUCGGUUUUCUGGAUACAGUGCAGAUUCUCCUGACCAUGGCGCGAUCCAUCUGGCUGGGAAUCUUCCUGGGCUGCGCGUGGGCAGACGAGAAAGAUGCAUCAUGCAUGCUGCAACAGCACGGCUCAGCGCAACGAAGCACCAAGCCGGCGUUUUUAGAAGGCCGCUCGUCCCUCGCAGAGCUUCCGAGCAGCGCCACCUGCAAGAAGAAGUUCACCGACAGCAAGGUUUGCAAGACUACGAGCGGUGUAGAUUGCGACUUUCCCGAGCUGUCCGGCAACGUCCCCAAGUGCUGGUUCUCGGAAACGCAGGGGUACAACCCGUGCCUGCCAAAGCCAGUCGCAGGAACCUGGACCACGGCCAAGAUUGAUUUUGGGCCAGAUGAGGCUGGAGUUUGCUUCCUCGUGCCGAAAGGCGUAUGCCCCGUACAGGUUUGCGUCAAGAGCGGGAGCCCCAACAGUGCGGCUGGUCGAGCUUGCUACUCUGGGAAGCAAACCUGUGGGACAAACGGCGGCCCAUCAAAUGGCAAGGUGGACGAGACCUUUUGCACGAAGUGGACGGCUCCGGAUAAAUUCUGUGUGGUGAGCCUUGCAACCAACAGAAACAACCCAAACAACAUCCGAGAUCUGAGCAACUUUGCCGUUCAGUUCGGCUGCUGCGAUGGGAGUGGAGGUGUAGUGGGAGAUCCGCACAUCCAUACCUUGGACGGAAACGAGUUCGACCUCUACGACAAAGGAACUUAUUCGGUCUUCCACUACGGUGGUACCGGUGACAUCGAUUGGCAACUCUACGCCACCUAUGGAGGCCCGCUGUGGACAGUCCAAGGCUUGCUCUUGGUGGAUCGAUCCAAAGGUCGCUUCCGACAGGCUAUGGAGCUGACGUCCGAAGACUGCCAGUGGCGCAGCAAGAACGGGCAUGCGUCCUGGUCAGUCAUCGAGCGAAAUGCAUCGCUGUCCUUGUUGGAAGGGGGCGAGUACGUGACGGGCUUCGAGUAUGUCAACGAAAAGCACGUCAACCUUGGCAUCAACACCCCUCACGGCAAGAAAGACGUUCUUGUCCUAAACACUGUGUGCAUGAGCGGUGCUAUCAACUUGCGGGUCUCCCCGCGCAAGGCCUUCGAAGCCAAGUUCCUGACAGGCCAAAUCCAAGCCGGCAACGCCAAAAGCCAGGAGAGGUUCCCAGUCGAGGAGAGCUGGGAAUCGCUAGGUGGGAGCGACAGCGCCGCAUCCUUCCUGAAGAAGAACCAAGAGAAGCACCUGCUUGUGACCUCCUGCACUGGAGACGCCAAGACGAAAGCCGAGGACACCUGCGCGGAAUAUCUCGGCGAGGAGACGCGAGAGUCCGGGAGUUUCUUCGACGAUUGCGUCUUCGAUGUCUGCCGAGGAGGGGAGUCAUUCGCAAAAGCAGCGGCGGAGCUACGCUCACUCAUGUAG